CAGGAACAUGAUAGAGCUACCCCGGGUGUACCAAGUUGUUUUAAAUGCCUACCAGCUUAGCCAGCUUCUGUUCUUUGGAGGAAUUUCAGUAGUAGACUCACUGUUACCAGAACGAUGGAAGUCCAACAGAAAUAGAAGUUCCGGUCGGUGAUUGCUUUUAGUCGCCUUAAGAAUGAUCGUUUGUAACUACUAGAAGUCCGGAAGAUGGGAUAUCUGCCAUCGAUUCUAUUCUCUCGAUAUUGAUCGAUUCUUUGCCCUAAUUCUCAUGAACAUUUAACCCGGAGGUUUAUAUGAGAAUGGAAAAACAACACGGACUUGAUCGUGCCGCAUGCAUGUUCUGAUCGACAGGGAUAGCGAGAAUUCUGAACUCCAGCCGAAUACUAGGAAAUAAGUCGACAUUCUUUGAAGGUUUAUUUGAAAACAAGCCUGGGUAACGCUCCAUAUCUUAACCAUUCCAAGCCAGAGCACUAUCUUCCCAGUUUGCCGCCAUACCGCAGAAACCGUGUUUCUUUGUGAGGCUGUUUUGACUGCUCUGGUUGUUGGAAUAUAGGCGACUUUGACAAUGGCUAUUUCGACAGUUAUAGAUUAGUGUAACUUCCCAAUAUUGCAUUCUGCAAUAAAUUUAAACACUUAAUAUAUUUACCAUGGCAAUGGGUAAGGUCAAUAUCAUUGGCGAAAUAGCACCACAGAAACCACUUAUCACCAAGAUAUCGACACAUUAUAACAUACACCAUGACAAUGAUCUUACACCGCAGGCACGUCGCUAUCAGGAGAUGGUCAGGUAUCCAGUGUUAGCCGUUACCAGGCCGUCAAAGUCAGUACGCCAGAACCUUGUUGGGAUAACAUUGGAGGAAACGCCUGUCAGAAAAGUAAAGUCAUGCAAAUCUGAACGGUUACGGACAUCACAUUCUAAAAGCAGCGAAACAGCUAGAUCUUUACCGGAUACUUUAUCACAGCCCAGAUCUAAAGGAAGACUUAAACAGUCAUCGCCAACUGUCGUUUUUAGGUCCACUCCCAAAAGGGGGCACACCAUGCCUUUAAUAGUCAAUAAGCCUAGUAAUAUAUCCGGAUUCGAACGCGACUUUUGGACGUACUGGAAGUCUGUGAAGACUGGCGAGAUUCAUCCUGAUGAUGCUUGUACUGAUGUUGACAGGAGGAGUAUGCAUGUGGUACAGAGAGAUUCUUCUACGGAUUUAGACAAUUCUGAUGUGAGCAGUCGAUUCAAUUUUAACUCUCCAUCAUCGAGCCUCGAUCCGGAUAAAUUAAGUAUCAAAAAUAUUUUCAAAUUUCUGAACAUGACGGAUAUGAAUGUUGUUAAAAAGAACAAGAAUUCUCUAGAAAGAGUUCGACUCCUACAAAAGUCAGUACGAAAGCGAGGUAACACGCUUACGACAGUAGAAAUGGCUCUGAAUAAUGCAAGGCGUCAUCGACAUCCCGAAAAACCGGAAGCUGGCAUGCCCGCUGUGCCAAAGACUCAAGAUGAUCUUGGUCCGAUUGUUAAUUCGCCCCUGUUGAAAGAAACUUUGCAAAAACACAUGAGUCAACCGGCUAUGCCAGUUGAAAAGGCUGUAAAACAUCACUCUUUCACCUACGUUUCCAAGCAGCGAAGUCGCAGGAUCAGAGACGUAUUCGUCGCAAAGAAAACCUCCCCACACGGGACGUCAAACGUUCCUCAGUCACGAACUCUGGCUGUGUUUAGCCGGCAAGUUCCGGAGAUGACCGAUGAUUCCUUGGAGGCUGCACUCAGCCAUCGCACGGCUACCGUGCACGACACUGGUCGUGGGACGGGAUAUUCAGUCGAGGGAAAGAAAUACAAAUCCCGGUCGCAACAUGACGUAACAGAUGAUCAGGGCUCUUCGAAAGUAGUCCGUCUGCCAAAGGUUCCCCUGGAUCCUGAUAAUCCUGAUGACAUUAUCAAUGGCGUCGCUUUGGUCAACUUCAGUAAGAUAACAGAGAAGAUGAAUAGUCUUGACAUUUCAGGAGACGAGGAGGGCGUUCGAAGCGAAGAAACUGAUCCUGUGGUAGAAUCUUCAGAAGUCCCUUCGUCCAAUUCAAAUGUUGUUAAAGGUCCAAAGAAACAAGUUAACAUACAUUUGCCAACUACAGAGAGUAGCUGAGAUGAUGUUGGAACACAAUCGACAUUAAUUUCUGUCACGUUCAAAUCCGUCCCUCUUCAAAGACCUGUCGAUUUGGCUUGCUUUCAUUGUAUUCAAAGAUACUCAUUUAACAUUGCAAAGGUUGGAUCUGAGCUGGAUGAAUUGAUUCCUCCUUUCAGGUUUUAUCUCGUGGUUUCCAGUGACAUGCAAUGUAUUCAAAAAGGUGAACAUUUGAUACGUCCCUGAAUUGUUUCACAUGCGUGUUUUAUUAUUUCGAUAUGUAAUACCAGUAAUUACUGUUACAAGAAUUAUACGAACAAGCAAUGAAAUUGAGAACAAAAGCAUUCGGUGCGGUUACCGACACACUAUUUA